AUAACAGGCUACCAUGCGCGCCAGUAUCACAAUUGCCGGCUUUUUGGCCGUGCUGGUGUCAACAGCUUCCGCCUACCGUGCUCCUCAGGCGAGGAACAGUUGUCUCAAGACAUGCUUGGUCCCGUACGGGACCAAUGCGACCCGGACUAUCAAGACGAUAUGCCGACGUGCCUGUAAAGUAGCCGCCCCCCUGCGUGGAUCCUGCCGCAAAACCACAAACACCUUCUGGCGGAACCAGACCAAGGUCUGCCGUCAAAGCAUCCGGCGGAUCAAGCAAGGCCUCCCUCCUCUCACGUCGUUGGUUUCCCACACGACCCCGGCCAAUGCUUCCUCCGAUAUCCCCACGGUGACCCAGUACACCUACGAAGCCACCUGCCUGAAAGAAAUCAAAUUCGAAUGGAAGGACGCCAAACAGACGUGCCGGGAGAUCCUCUGCCCGGACGGGCAGUACUGGAACGUGGAGGCGGACGCGUGCGUGGUCAACACCUUUGUGAACCUGUCCGUCUUGGAGACCUCAGGGGCUUUGGAUCCGGCGUUCCUCCGCGGAUUUUACAAAAUGUCUUGGAAGGGCACCGACCCUUACCAAGGCCCAGACGACACCAACGUCGGGGUGACCUUCACGGGCCGUUUGCCGGGCGAUCCCCAGGCGAACAUCGCGCCCAUGACCUCGGACGCGAUCAAUUUGUUGUCCUACGGCGGGGGCAAUGAGUUUGGGGCGUGGAGCGUGGCGGCGGUGGAGGCCGUCGGCUCGGAAUCCAAUUUGAACGAGGUCAUCUCGCUAAAAUACGACGGGAUCGUGAUCGACGCGGAGGAGUAUGCCUCAGGCCAAUCCGUCACCGUGGAAGAGUGGAACACAAUGUUCGCCGCCAUCAAGGCCAAAAACCUGAUGCUCAUAGUCACCACCUCCCACUUCUCCCCCUACGGCAUGUCCAACGGCGCGGCCCUGAUCGCCGACUGGCUCUCCAAUCCCAACAUCGACUACCUCUCCCCUCAGCUCUACACCAGUGGAACGGAGCCUCAGAACGACUGGGUGGGAUUCAGCGCCGCCUGGACGACGGCCUCCACCCCCAUUGCCCCUUCCAUUGUCCAAGCUUCCUACUACGACCAACUCGGGGAGAAUUCCGUGACCGUCUACCUGCCCAACGCGAAGGGGUACCUGGUGUGGAGCAACACCCCUCCGCCCCAGCCAGGCCCCACCCCGUCCUGUGUCAGCGGUUACUUCCCGGGAAGCGGCUGUGCUUACAUGUGCGAAUGGUGCGCCCAGCAGCUUCAAACCGACAACUAUUACUGGAAAAGCGGUGUCUGUACCUACCAAGCUGGCACGGGCUGUGUGGGCUCCCCCCAGGCGGGCGUGGAAUACACGUGCUGCAAGGCCGGAUCUUCGUAAAUGGAAGGUUCUGGAAGCUUGGUCGCUGGGGCUCGUCGCGCGCAGUCUUGGGCAGUGUGGUGGACUUGCUUGCGAUGUGCCGGGCGACGUUGAGGCCUUGUUUUUAAUUGAGUAGAGAGGAGAUAUUUGAUAGAAUGUUAGAAAAGCCCAACCCUCGACCUGGACAAAUUAUUGUUCGAGUGUACGGUUGGAAAAGGAGGCUUCAAGGGAAGGAGAGAGGAGGACGGUAGCAUCUCCUUGCCCCUGAACGGAUGGCCCCAUGCUAAGGAAAACUGUCGUGGAACAGAAGGCGCGAACCUGAGAGACACAAGAACACCGUGAUUGAGUCUUAAUUUAAUAAUCCGGGCGGUGGAAGAGGGAACAGGCAGUAGGAUUGAACCCCCACGGCGGCUACAGUGUCGGGCACGGGCGCUGUCACGGACAGGGGAGGGAAACAUCGAGCCUACCGCCCUAGAUACUUUCAUCCAUAACCCUAUCCAUAUAUGUAACCCCAACCUUCAUCCUUUUCGGGUGGCCGUUCUCCCCAAAAAGCACGGUGCCGUCGACCCCGGUUCAGGUCCCAAAGAAGAUUAAAAAAUUAAUAUAUAUAUCAGAA